AUGUUGGAGCUGGAGGCUGAGCAUGACGAGGACCUGCAGAGUAAACAGGAUGAGCAAGAAACACAUGAUGUUCAGCGUGAGGACCCUCAACUGUCCACAUCUUGGCAGUUUUCAGAGAACAUCCCUAAACUGAAUAAGGAGAACAUGUUUUUCCAGCUAAACCACUGGAAUACACAAAUGGGUCUACAAGUGAAAGAACUCGGAGAUGAUCACAAGGGCUGGAUGAAGAAAAUUAACGGUAUUAUACAAAAAGUAUCCCUAUCAGAAAGCACAGUGAAGAGCUUAUUAAGUGAGGUGAUGUCCUUGGAGGGCCAAGUUGAAAAGCUGGAGUCACACCAGAGCCUUGACCCUGACAAGGGGGAAAACAUCAAGGUUGAUGCUUGUAAUGAAGCUCAUGAAUUAAAGGAGAAACUCGUUGCAAAAAUAGAGAACUUCUGCAAGGACAUGACUGUGAUGAAUAAAAGACUGGGGAUGUAUCCAUUGAAAGAAGAGCACAUGGACUCUCAGAAUCCUGAGGAAACGGGUGGGGAAGAAAUAGAGCAGCUGCUUCUUCAUGCUCUCCCGACCCCUUCAGUGCAAAACUCCCCUCCUCGCUGUACUUUGUGGAAACGUGCACUGAGGAUUUUCAUCAUAUUUUAUGCCCUCACCUUCACUGUACUUUCAUGUUACAUAUUGUUUUUUGACGCCACGUUUAUCUUUGAAAAGAUGCUCCCUACAAUGCUUGGGCGCCGCAGAACAUGGGAACUGCGGAAGAUUAUUGUGCCUUUCUUAAAUCUGGAAGUGGAAGACUUGUUGCCCUCCUAA